AUGGCCCGCGAGGAGCUGAUCGAGGGUGCCGUCACAUUCCUCCAAGACCCAUCCGUCUCCUCCGCGCCCAUAGAGCAGAAGCUCUCCUUUUUACGAUCAAAAAACCUCACCCAUGAAGAAAUCGACGCCUCUCUCGCCCGCGCCGGCCAACCUCCUACAGCAUCCUCGACAUCUGCCCCGCCCAGCACAUAUCAACCACAAUACCGACAGCCGCAGCAGCAACAUGGCUACCAACAACAGUACCCACCCUACUGGAACCAACCUCCUCCAGAACCACCGCACCGCGACUGGCGGGAUUGGUUCAUCAUGGCCACCAUCACAGCCGGCGUAGGCUCCGCUCUUUGGUGGACGGCGAAGCGCUACAUCGUCCCGCUCAUCGCGCCUCCCACGCCGCCGCAACUAGAACAGGACAAAGCUUCCAUCGACGCCUCUUUCGAGAAGACCUUUGCUUUACUCGAUCAGCUGGCCACCGACACCAAGGAGCUCAAAGACUCUGAAGCAGAGCGGAAAGAGCGGUUGGAUAAAGCUUUGGGCGAGGUGGAGAGCGUGAUCAGCAAGAUGAAGGAAGCGAACGAGAGCCGGGAGCAAGAGGCCAAGCGAUGGGGAAGGGAAAUGGACGAGGUGCGGGAACAGAUUCCGCAGGCUAUCGCGAAGGAGAAGGAGGCGAUGGAUGGGCGGUUGAAGGAUUUGGCGGGGGAGGUGAAGAGUCUGAAGACGCUUGUUGCGAAUCGCAUGGGGCAGCCGCAGAGGCCAUCGUUCGGGCCGCAGAGUGGGGGUGGGAUGAACGGAGUGUCGCCGUCGGGAGGCUCGACGCCGAUGCCUGAGAUGAAUGGUGCAGUCAACGGUGUACCGAACGGCGCUGCGAACGGUGGCAUGAACGGCAGUGCUGUCGCAGAAGAGCCUGAGAAGCCAGCAGCACCGCAACAGCCAGCAGCACCAUCUCCUCUGCCCGAAAGAUCCGCAUCAGCGAGUCCAUACAGCAGCAGGAUGCUCGGCGGCAAGGCGCAGAUCCCGGCCUGGCAGCUGGCGGCGAAGAAGAGGGCGGAUGAUGCGAAGAAGGACGCGGCGACGAAUGGGACGAGUGUACAGGAUGUCAGUGAGAGUGGGACGGCGGCGCCUGCUGAGGGUGAAGCGGCUGCGUGA